AUGUUCAUUGGUGGAUUAAACUGGGAGACGACUGACCAAUCUCUCCGAGACUACUUUUCCCAAUUCGGCGAAGUCGUCGAGUGCACUGUGAUGCGAGACAGCAGCUCCGGCCGAUCCCGAGGGUUUGGUUUCUUAACCUUCAAGGACGCCAAAACUGUCAAUAUCGUCAUGGUCAAGGAGCAUUUCCUGGACGGUAAAAUUAUUGAUCCCAAGAGAGCAAUUCCUCGCGAUGAACAAGAAAAGACCAGCAAGAUUUUUGUUGGUGGAGUCAGCCAAGAUACUACAGAUCAAGAGUUCCGGGAGUAUUUUGCCCAGUUUGGUAGGGUCGUUGAUGCCACGCUGAUGAUGGAUAAAGACACAGGCAGGCCUCGAGGUUUUGGGUUCGUUACUUUUGAAAGCGAAGCCGGCGUCGAUGCUUGCAUCAAUGUGCCCCUUGAAAUACAUGGAAAGCCCAUUGAAGUUAAAAAGGCCCAGCCGAGGGGCAACCUACGAGAGGAAGAGGAGGCGUCGAAACGUGGAAAAUUCAGAAAGGGUGAUGACCAGUCCGGCCAAGCCGGAAUGGGUCAACAAAUGGGUGGUAACAACUCAGGUAUGACACCACAGGUCAUGGCCCAAUACUUCCAACGAAUGCAGCAAUACUUUGCCAUGAUGCAGUCACAAAUGGCCAUGUCUCGAGGCAUGCCUAUGAACCCGGCCAUGUGGCAGCAGAUGCAGCAGAUGCAACAGAUGCAACAGAUGAUGGGACGUGGUGGUGGUCCUGGACAGAAUAUGAUGAACAAUAUGAACCCCCAAAUGAUGCAGCAGAUGCAACAGAUGCAGCAGCAAAUGAUGCAGCAGCAACAGGGCGGUGUUCAGGGCGGCGGUGAUGGUAGCUACAAUGGCUAUGACCAAUAUCAACAGCAAGGUUCCCAAGGCCAUGGCAGCGGCAGGCGAGGUGGCCGCGGAGGCUAUGGCGGCGGCGGAUACAACAAUAUGGGUGGAGGUGGAGGAGCUCCUACAUCUUGGGAGGGCAUGUACGACGAUGUGCCACAGCCUAACGCCGGCCAGGGAUCAUCUCGACGUGGUGGAAGCGUUGGGCAGGGAACCCCCGACCCUCAGCACUCACCGCCGGCCAACGCUCCCACAGGGCCAAAGAACGCUGGAAAGCCUGGCGCAAACUACCGUGGUGGUGGACGUGGCGGAAGCAGAGGCUUCCAUCCUUACGCUCGAUGA